UGUGAUUCAGUAUUUUUUGCACUUAUUGCUUUCCCUCGUAUAUUUCCCCACCUACAAUUUUAUUAUUCAUUAAUACUUCGUAUCCACGAUUCGUCUUGAUCAAUUUUAAUCUGUUUCAUAAACUGCAAUAAAUUUUACUGUUUCCAAUUAAUUAUCAAUUCUCAUUUGGCCGAGUGACACAGUGGAGGAAGAAACAUGUGGAAGAAAGUGAUGGUUUUAGCAAUUUUGUGCGGAUAUGGAGGUUUGGCGCAAAAGAUCAAAAUUUCUGUCUAUUACGAAACGCUAUGUCCAUACAGCGUAAGAUUUCUAGUCGACCAGUUUAACCCAGCCUACCAGAAUCUUACAGACAACAUGGAAGUCGACUUAAUACCUUACGGCAAAGCUACG